AUGCUUUCUCUCAGCUGCAAAUCAAAACGCGCCGGAAACAGGGGGAGGCGGUUCUUGGGUUUACGUACACCUGGGAACACCCCGCCCCAUCAGCAGUCGCAGCAACGCCUACAUUUCAACCAUAGCUCUGAUUUUCGCCUUAAUUCUGCACUGCAGCAGCAGCGCAGCAGAAAUGACGUCUUUGCUGCCAUCGAGCAGCGACAUCAAUCGAAGAAGCCGCUGCAAGCUUCAUCGAGGGGUCCCCCGGAACUUAAGUCUGAAUCGAUUCGUGCAAACGAAGGAAAAAGCGAUUCAGGACAGAAAAAGAAAGCGCCAAACUGCGGUCCAAGUAACAAGGGAGCAGUGGCCGAAGUGGGUGGGAGCAAGGAGGGUUGCGCAUCAAAAGGGUGCCGCGAAGUAGGGAGAAAAAGAGAAAUAGGUGAGGGGCAAGGGACAGAAAAUGGCACAAAUCACUUGAAGAGGAGGCGCAUGUGUUCAAAGACGAAGUUGAAUUCAGUAAAGGAUGAAAGCACAGGCAAGGAGCACAAACCGUCAGACCGAACGAAGGCUGGUGGAGAAGACACGCACGCACAAGAGAGAAGAGACAUCAGUAACAGGGCACAGCCAGCUCAGGAUUGCAGCACCAAGCGGCAGCAGCAAACACAGCAGGAUGAAAAUGCGACAAAGCUUCAAUUGGUGAAGCAGUUUGCAUGUCGGGCUGCGGCCGUUGGCGCAAGCGCUACUGCUACCAGAGAUCGGCUACAGGGCGGUCGUUUUCGUCACCUCAAUGAAUUUCUGUACACGAACAAAGGGGAGGCGGCGUUUGCAGAGUACCAGAGGGAGCCCGAAUUAUUUGAUAUUGUGCGUCCUCUGAAGUACUAUUUUCGCUUUGUUUUGUUGGGUGAGGGGUGUAAGCAGAGGACACAAGGGUCUGUCAAGCCGCAGGAACAGGAGUUACGCUUCUCAGUUGUUUGUGCUUCUGUGUGUGCUACCGCUGCUGCUGCGGCUCUUGCUGAGCUUAAUCCUAUUGCUGCUUCUGCUUGUGCUCGCUUCAGUACCACGCGGGGUACCGCGCACAAGUUCGCCGUUGGCCUUUGA